AUGCACCGUUUUGCAGCCUUUGAAUCCAAGUGGAAACCAAAUAUCAUUGCCAAGGAAAUUACUGCUUCAAAUUCGGGCUUAACUGAUAAAGAAAAGGAAUCAAUUCCAGUUGAGCAGUCUGAUAAAGGCAUAGGUGGAAAAAAACAUGAAGCGAAUAUGCAAAAAGUAACAGAGCCACAAGAAGCAAAUAAAGACGGGACUAAAAUUGUUGAUGUUACAGAUUCUCCAAACGAAAUUAUGAAGGAUCACACAAAUACAAAUUUCAAUGAUAAUAUUAAGCCUGCAAAUGAUAAAGGUAAGGAUAGGACGGAGGAUGAAAAUAAUCUAAAGCAACCAACUCAUCGCGAAAAGAUUGAUGGGGAGCUAUCAAUGGAAGAUGAUCUAAAUCAGUACAACCAACAAAAACCGACGAUAACAAAUAUCUUCCAGGUUUUGCAUGAAGAUGUGAUUGAGGAGAAUGCCGAUAAGUCUAUGCGUAAAGAAGAUGUUUCAGAAGAUGGCUUAGUAGUAGUAAUGGUAGGCACUCUGAAACAAGUAGAUGCAAAAAAGCAACUCAUGAUAGAAAACACAGACAAAUUUUAA